AUCUCGACGAACUCAAUCUGAAGCCAGAUGCUUGCACUUAUAACAUCCUCAUUCGAUCAGCCAACUCGAUCGACUGUGCGCUGAACCUGUUCGAUGAAAUGCUGGAGAGGGGGAUUGAGCCGAGCAUCGUCACAUUUGGAACCCUGAUCUCCGCUCUCUGCAACAACUCGAAGCUCGACGAGGCCUUCAAGCUCAAAGAGGAGAUGCCGAGGCUGUACAAUAUAGAACCUAACGCCUUCGUGUACGCCGCUCUAAUCAAAGCCCUCUGCAAGAGUGGCAAGCUCGAAGAAGCUCUCAGCCUGAGGAGAGAGAUCUCGGGAUUAGAUUCUGCAGUUUACUCCACCCUAAUUCGCGCGCUUUUCAAAGCGGGGCGAAAGGGGGAGGUUGUUGAAAUCUUGGAGGAGAUGAAGAAGGCUUGUGUGGAACCUGAUGUCGUAACCUACAACGCGAUGAUCGCAGGGUUUUGCGAUGAUGGGGAUCUUGAUGCUGCGUUGGGGGCAAUGAACGAGAUGAAGAAGGAGGGGAUUAAACCUGAUGUCGUUAGCUAUAACACCGUUAUCUCGGGGUUCUGUAAAAAGGGGAGAGCUGAGGAUUCGUCAUCGUCAUGGACUUAUACGACAUAG